UCGAACCACUUCUGACAGAUUGACGUGGUUCGCGGAUCGACGACGGACGAUUCAGAUUUUUUUUCUCUUGUGAGAGGACAUCAGCGCUUUUACCAGCCAAACGGCACCAAUAAUCAUCCAUUGAGGCAUUGCAUCAGGAAGACUGCUUCCUGCGAAGCGGAUUAAUCGAGCUGUUUUGUUUUCGUGGAUCGGAAAAGUAUCGACUAUUUGCGGCUCAAUUAUUCAUCAAUCUAUCGUUACGCGAAGGGUGAGUGUGUCGAAGAAGGAAGGAACCUGCGGGAAAGGAAGUAAGAACCAGCGGCAGUAGCGGAAAGAUGGUGCAAUAAAAUCAACCAAGGCAGAUUAUCUAGGAAGACGAGCUGAAAGUGUAAUUUUCAGUGUUCUUCGCGAGUGCAUGGUUUUGAAAUUUAUUUUCGAAAUAAGUUCUGGUACGCUUUGCUUUGAUUCUGGAGGAGAGGAACUUAAGAAGCCUUGGUUGGUGUCAGGCAUCCUGGAAGCAGCAUGAUGAACGAGGAGGUCACUCCGAGUAGGAAUGUGGUGGCACAAUUUUUCAAACGGAUCUCGCAGCUUUACCAACUUCAAUUGGACCGAUGGACACCGCACACCAAACUUCGAUGGGCGGCCGUAAUCGUGCUAGUAUUACUCUUCCUUCUACGAGUAUUCACGAAUCAGGGCUGGUACAUUGUGACCUACGCCCUAGGAAUCUAUCACCUUAAUCUGUUUAUAGCGUUCCUUACCCCUAAAAUCGAUCCGGCUCUGGAUCUGGACGAUGAUCAAGGCCCCGAGUUGCCCACCAAGUCCAACGAGGAAUUCCGACCGUUUAUCAGGCGGUUACCGGAGUUUAAAUUUUGGUACGCCGUCAGCAAAAGCACCGUGAUCGGGAUCAUUUGCACCUUCUUCGAGGUGUUCAACGUGCCCGUGUUCUGGCCUAUUCUGGUCAUGUACUUUAUCACGCUGUUCUGCAUCACCAUGAAGCGACAGAUUAGGCACAUGAUCAAGUACCGGUACCUACCGUUCACCCACAGUAAGCCCCGCUAUCAGGCGGUCCCGACGGAAAAGUGACAAUUAAAAGCACAAACUUUGCCAUCUGCGUCAUCCCUGUCCACAUCGUCGUCGUUGUUGUCAGCUUCUUCUGCGUCCGCUGCUGCUGUCGGCUCGGCGGAGGUCUUUGGUGCCUCCACUUCGUCGUCCGCGUCAGCAACCGCCGUUCCCGCGACCGGUGCUGCAAUACCCAGUGGAUCGCUGAUCUCGACUGUCUAGGAAGAAGAAGAAGAAGAAGCGAACGAAAUGGAGUAGGUAGCAGAAGAAAAAUAAACAAACAGCUUUCGAGAUUUGGGUCUUGGAGCGCGCUUCAGCGCGAUUUAGUCUGUAGUUUGAGUUAUCGGAUUUGUUUAGUUGGCUUAGUUUGUGCUGUUUUUAGUUUUUCUUCUGUUUUGCGAGGGAAGUUUGACGCAGAGUGAUGAAAUGUGUAUCCUGCUGUAACAGCUCAAAGCAGGACACGAAAUCGGCAUUGAUUUGUGCUUACGUCGAUCAAUUCUUUUUUUUAUUUUUAUCGGAAAAUUAUGUAUUUCUCUACCAAAUAUGUUCGAACGUUUGGUUCCAUCUCGAGGAGACAAGCGAUGGAUUGUAAAACUAUGUUAGUAAAUGUUAUGAGAAAAAAGAUAGUUUCCAACGGCUGUUUCUUUUUGUAUAUUAAUUUCUCGUUUCGAAAAUGUCACAAAGUUGGAUCAUUUUUGAACUUAUUCAGUAUAAUAGUUAUUAUUUCCUUCUUUAGUUGAUUAAUGCUAGACCAACGUUGAAUUAGUUUUAAUCGUACCUUCAUCGAUUUUCUUGCGUUGCAAAUUCCAACUCUAACGACAGAAAUCAAAACGAUUAUCCGUACAUGCCUGUAUCCUUAAACAAAAUAAUCGGUGACUAUCAUCUCUUUUGUUUGUAUACUGAUUAGGCAGAACAAUUUCAGUUUAAACCUAAAAUAGUAGCUAAUAUUGAAAAAGGUGAAAAUCCGUAUUUUAUGUAGGUUUAGUUAUGUAUUGAAAAAUCGAAAAAUGCAAGUUUGUUCGGCUUUUGAAACUAUUAUUAUGAGACACACACACAAUUUGCAAACAAUAUAUUGGAUGAUGGAGAACAGGCGAACCAAGUGCAGUAAAGUAAAAGAGAACUAUUGAUGUCAUUUAGAGUAAAGCAUACAAAACAUGGAUUGAACCAUCCUACAGGAAAAAAAUAUUAUACACAUGAGCAAAUCGCGAAGACCCAGCAUUGUAAUAAGAAAAACUUGGAUAACCAAAUAAAUAUUGAAACUUAUAA